AAAGUGAUGGAGCGAGUCGAGCCAACUCCUCAGGUGAACACCACUAAGGACAGUUUUAUUACAAAUGCAUCAAUUGAGAGCCUGGCCUCUCAGAUCAGUCUGGCUGUCAUCCUCUCCGGCAUCACACUCGCCACCACUUUAUCCAACGCCUUCGUCAUUGCAACAAUCUCUCAAUCCAAGAAACUGCAAACACCUGCAAACUUUCUGAUCGCCUCUCUGGCCAUCACCGACCUGCUGGUGUCCAUCCUGGUGAUGCCCAUAUGCGUCUUGUACACGGUCAUCCACAGCUGGACACUGGGCCAAAUCGUGUGCGACAUCUGGCUCUCCUCGGACAUAACGUGCUGCACUGCUUCCAUCCUGCACCUGUGCGUCAUCGCUUUGGACAGGUACUGGGCCAUCACGGAUGCGGUGGAGUACUCCAAGAAGCGCACACCUGGACGAGCAGCCGGGAUGGUGGCCACAGCCUGGGUCAUCGCCAUCUCCAUCUCCCUGCCUCCUCUCUUCUGGAGACAGGUGAAGGCGGAUGAGCUGACCAGCUGCUGCGUCAACACUGAUCAUAUUUUCUACACCAUCUACUCCACAUUUGGGGCUUUCUACAUCCCCACUUUGCUGCUUAUUGUCCUCUAUGGACGGAUAUAUGUGGAGGCGAGGAAACGUAUCUUAAAGCAGUCACCCAAGAAGAUGGGGAAGAGACUGACCUCGGCUCACCUGGUCACCAGCUCACCUGGGUGGUCCACGACUCCGUCCAGCGACACUUCAACAAGCGAGAACCAGGUGAAGGUGUCGGUGUCGGAUGCACUUUUGGAGAAAAAACGCAUUUCUGCAGCCAGAGAGAGAAAAGCCACCAAGACUUUGGGGAUAAUCCUUGGUGCUUAUAUCGUUUGCUGGCUGCCGUUUUUCAUUUACACAUUGGUGGUGGCCAUGUGUGACUCAUGUUUUAACCCCGAGUUAUUUGACUUUUUCACCUGGUUGGGAUAUCUGAACUCCCUCAUCAACCCGAUCAUAUACACAAUGUCCAAUGAGGACUUCAAGAAAGCCUUCCAUAAACUUGUGCGCCUCAGAUGCUGCCGGUUGUAA